AUGUGUUGUGGAGAAGUUGUCAUCUUAAUAUCAUUGGCAAUCCUAAGCGCUAUCUUGAGCUUGUCUUCAUCAUGCAACCGACGCAAUUGGCUUUGCACUGCUCCCUGGAAGAAAUGGGGUGGAUCUUGCUACCUCAGCACUCAAAGGCAUCUGACGUACGACGACGCCCGUGAAGCCUGUCGUAGACAGGUGGCAGCGCCGCGCUCAGACCAGGAAAACGACUUCCUGGCAAGCCUGGCCCAAGGCAGUGUGAUUUGGGUGGCUUGCACUGAUCGCAGGCAGGAGGGGCUGUGGGAGUGUGAAGGGUUUCAAGAUGGUCAAGGAAUCUUUGCCAACUGGAGGAAGGGGGAGCCAAAUAACUGCGGAGUGCGGGAGGACUGUGUCUAUUUACAGCUAUCAUAUAAGUGGAAUGACGUACGGUGUGAGAUUGAGAUACAGGCGGUUUGCAAGCGAUAA